AUGAACAUCACCACGCCGUGUGAUUUAGUCAAGGAGCUUUUAGACAAUGCACUCGAUGCUGGAGCAACUGUCGUUGAAAUUACCAUUUCCUCCAACACUGUGGACAGGAUUUCCCUCAAAGACAAUGGGAGCGGCAUCGACAUGGAUGACUUCAACACCCUGGGCAAAAGGGCCUAUACGAGUAAGCUCAGGGACUUUGACGAAUUGCUCAGCAUCGGUGGUACGACGUUGGGAUUUCGAGGCGAAGCUUUGGCAAGUGCCAACUCACUUGCCAAUCUGACAAUCACUACAAAGAGACCCGGUGACCCUAUAGCCUGGAGAAUCGAGCUGAUUCCCAACACUGGCGGAGUCAAGGAUAAGCGGCCCGUUUCCGCUACUACGGGAACAACAGUUGCAGCCACCAAGCUCUUUGAGAAUGUUCCCCCAAGAAAGCAGUAUGCUGUCAAGGAGUCCAAAAAGUGCUUAUCUCAUAUUCAGCAACUACUGAGGGCAUAUAUUCUUGCUCGGCCCAGCAUUAAGGUUUCGUUGAAAAUUAUCGGAGAUAGCAAACCGUUGUGGAUGUAUUCGCCGAGUGGCCGCGAUGUGGAGCGAGAGGCAAUUUUACAAAUGUUUGGCACAAAUGCAUGGACAAAUUGUAUAGAGAUUUAUGAAGAGGUAUAUUUGGAUGGAGAAGAUUCACCUACUAACAGGCGAACGCAAGAGCGAGUUCUAUGGGAGUUUAGUGGCUUUAUUUCGAAGCCUCGUCACAGUUUCAACGACAUCAAGUUUGGCGGAACCUAUCUAUCCAUCAAUAGUCAACCCAUGUCUAGUAGGUGGCAUGUUGUCAAAAGAAUGGUCAAUAUCUUGAAGUCACUCCAGCAGCGGGACGCAGCAUUGAGCGUCGGAGAGCGAGGCUGCGGUGUUUUUCUGCAGCUCAACAUUAAGUGUCCAGCAGGUAGCUAUGAUCCCAACAUCUCAGCGCGAAAAGAUGAGGUGUUGUUAUUUGCAGAGGCAAAACUCCUUGACAGCUUCGCGAAGGUGUGCAAGACGGCAUAUGAAAAGCACAGUCAAGCAUGUUCAACGGCACCAGGCUUGAUAUCGGCCAACUCGCCGAGUGCUCCUUCUACGAAACACAAAAAGGAGCAUUGUGCAAUCACAACAAAAGCCGACGGUGCGUCUUUGGUCACAGUUGACGAGGCUGAUGAUCAGGGUGAUGUCACUGGCGCGAAUCAAGACUUUACAAUCGCUGAAGCGUCUGCCCGACAAAAAGUCAAGGCCACCAUGCAAACCACGUUCAAAGUCGACAUGUCGCGCAAAAAGGGCAAUGUUUCAGACGAGGAGCACUUGGGGACCGGUGUUGAAGUUGAAAUUCCACCAAGGACAGUCCACAUUCAAGAGAGCAAACCCCCUGGAAGUGAAGGGCCACAGGAACCUAAUCGAAGAGAGAGCAUCCGUAAAUACUUUCAACCCAUGUCCAAACCGGACUUUCAAAUAAUUGAUGACAGCACUGCAACUACCGGUCCCGUUGAAAGUAGCCCGAGAGGUUGCCAGUUAAGCGAGUUAAUUGCUUCAAGUCGCCGUCCUUUGCAACCAUUGAGCAGCAAUGCCUUGAACAGAAUACGAGAAGAAGCGGAGUCAAGUCCAGAACCGCCAGGAUCAAACCCAAUGCUGCCAAGGAUGGUUAGGAAUAUUACUAGAGAGGCUGCAAUGCCGUCAUUGCAACAAAUUGCAAAUGCAACUCGUCACCUCGCAGCUCAGGGGUCUCAAGGAACAGCCUCCGCAUCCCGCCGUGCUGGCCAUGAGCAUCAAGACGUGAUGGACGAUCAAGGAAUCUCACCCCCAACGCUUACACCUCCACCCUCGGAUCCUAGGGACAGGUAUGAGCAGUUGGGCCUACGGGCGAGAAGACAAGAUCCGCCCAAUGCGGUGCCUUCCCCGAGGGCAAGGACUGCUCUCCAAAUGAUAGACGGGAGUCGAGAGCACGACGCCUCGUUUACAAGAGGGUCACGGCAGCAAAGCUCGUCCACUGAUAUCAACAAUGUAGGCUAUGGGAGAAUGGCAGGUGUGGUGGUUGCGUGCAACCCAUCCUCGCAGGGUCGGCCACAGCGAGAUGCCCAGGCUCGUCCUCAGAGGGGGAAGCCAUUUCCAUUGUACACUGCCAACCUGUUUGGCGAUGGGAUGGAAAUGCGCCCGUUAUCAGGUCCAAUACGUGCCGAUGGCCCUGUACCAGCACAUAGGGAAAUGGCACACCCGUCAUUCUCUCUAGACUGCUUGCGUGAACUGCCAAAUCGGCUUGGACGGACGCCAGCCGUUUUUGAGAGGUAUGGUGAGCACGACGUACGAGGGCAGUCGGACGGUAAGAACAAUAUAGGGGGCAACCCACAAGCCUUGCGAACCAGCAGCCACUCUCAAACCAGCAUCGGCAAACUGUCAAGGAAAGAAGGAGACUUGCAGGAAUGCCUCACGCAGAGGAAGCGCCCCCGAACCCUUUCCGGACAAGUCAGAUGGACUUCCACACAACGCCUUCCACUUGAAAGCAUUGAUAUGAAUAGACAGACCUUGACCUUGACCACAGUCAGUGGCAAACAACAUCAAGAAAUCCAACGCCAGAUGAAUCAGUUUGCAGCACUGGAAUCUUACAUCAACCAUGGAAACCUAACCACGUCCCUCCCGCCCCGAAACCUGGCAGAUAUCCAUUCUGUUCAGAGAGCAUUGGAGGUCACUGUAUGCUCAUGGAUGAAGAGAAACAGCCUCCACGGUAUUGUUAAUUUCACCUUGCUGUCAGAGGCCAAGGGCCAAGGUAGGGCUGAGUAG